AUGGAGAAAUCCGGCUACGGGCGGGACGGCAUUUACAGAUCACUCCGCCCGACGCUCGUCCUUCCCAAAGACCCAAACCUCUCCUUGGUCGAUUUCCUCUUCCGAAGCUUCAAUUCACACUCUCACAAGCCGGCUCUCCACGACGCCGAUUCCUCCCUCUCCCUCACCUUCUCCGACCUCAAAUCCACCGUCUCCAACUUCGCCAACGGGAUCCGCCACCUGGGUAUCUCUAAAAGCGACGUCGUACUCAUCUUCGCCCCCAAUUCGUACCAGUUCCCAAUUUGUUUCCUCGCCGUCGCUUCGUUUGGCGCCGUUGCGACCACCGCGAACCCUCUCUACACCACCGCAGAGCUCGGGAAGCAGAUCAAGGAUUCCAAUCCCAAGCUGAUCAUCACCGUUCCCGAAUUGUGGGAGAAGGUGAGGAGCUUCAACUUACCUGCCGUCUUUCUUGGGUCGCCGGAGCAACUACAACGAGAUGCUCUUCCGGUUGGAGGCAGAACCUUCCAUCAGGUGGUGGAGCUGGGUGGAAAAUCGGCGGAUUACCCGGCGAUUAGGGUGAAGCAGAGCGAUACGGCGGCGCUUUUGUAUUCCUCGGGUACGACUGGGGUCAGCAAAGGUGUGGUUUUGACUCACCGGAAUUUCAUCGCGGCGGCGAUGAUGAUCACCAUGGAUCAGGAGGUGGCAGGGGAACCGGACAACGUUUACCUCUGCUUCUUGCCGAUGUUCCAUGUGUUUGGAUUGGCUGUCAUCACUUACGCGCAGCUGCAGCGAGGGAGUGCGGUGGUGACUAUGGCGAAAUUCGACUUGGAAAUGGUGUUGAAGGCUGUGGAGAGGUACAGAGUCACCCACAUGUGGGUUGUCCCGGCGGUGAUGCUUGCUCUGGCUAAACAGAGCUUGGUUAAGAAGUACGAUCUGUCGUCGUUGAGGGAGGUUAGCUCCGGAGCAGCUCCACUGGGGAAAGAUCUCAUGACGGAAUGUUCGAGGAAUCUCCCCAAUGUUGCAAUUUUUCAGGGAUAUGGAAUGACAGAAACUUGUGGGAUUGUUUCGGUGGAGAAUCCAAGGGUAGGGCCUAGGCAUUCUGGUUCAGCUGGAACAUUAGGUGCAGGGAUUGAGAGCCAGAUUGUUGGUGUAGAUAUGUUCAUUAGAAACUUUAAGCGGAAUCCAUCCAUGGAAAGUUAUUUCAACAAUCCACAGGCUACAAAGGACACUAUAGACAAGAAGGGUUGGGUACAUACUGGAGAUCUCGGGUACUUCGACGAUAAUGGACAGCUAUAUGUUGUGGACAGAAUCAAAGAGCUCAUCAAAUACAAAGGCUUUCAGGUUGCACCAGCUGAGUUAGAAGGGCUGCUAGUUUCUCACCCUGAGAUACUAGACGCAGUUGUCAUCCCUUAUCCUGAUGCUGAAGCCGGUGAAGUCCCCGUUGCCUACGUGGUUCGCGCUCCCAACAGUUCGCUGACCGAAGAAGAAGUUCAGAAAUUCAUUGCCAAUCAAGUUGCACCUUUCAAAAGACUGAGGAAGGUGACAUUCAUCAGCACUGUGCCUAAAUCAGCUUCAGGGAAGAUCCUCAGAAGAGAACUCAUCCAGAAAGUAAGGUCCAAAAUAUGA